AUCAUCACCCUGUCUGAUCUAGAAUGUGACUAUCUUAACGCCACACAAUGCUGUUCCAAGCUAAACAAGUGGAUCCUGCCAGAGUUGAUAGCCCACUGCUGCCUGACACUGUUAAUGCUGGUGUCGUUACACUGGGUCCUGUUUCUCCUCAAUGCACCACUGGCAGCAUGGCACAUAUACAGGUUCUCCCAGAUCCCCAGCGGUAACACAGGAGUGUACGACCCGACAGAGAUCCACAACAGGGGCCAGCUGAAGACAUACAUGAAGGAGUCCAUGGCCAAACUGGGUUUCCACCUGCUCUGCUUCUUCCUGUACCUGUACAGUAUGAUUUAUGCAUUGAUAGUUGUCAGCACCUGAUGAUGAAGAAAACCCUGCACAGGAGACCACACUCUGUACUGUAGAUAUGUUAGGGGAGGCCAGAUCUGUUCAACCUAGCCAUGUUAUAUGCAGCAAGCACUGCUUGUAUUUUUUAGUUUUUCAGUUGUACAGAAAUAGGGCUGUGUUCAUAAAACCGCUGCUAUGCUGAUAGCUUUUUUUAGUCUUCAAUUUUUGUGUAGUAUGUACUACAUACUACACAAAAAUAUGGCUAAACACUACUGUUGAGGAAAUUUAGUAUGUAGACUUGCAAAAUUUCCUCAACAGUAGUGUUUAUGAAAUAACAUAUCAAAACUGUUGUAGAAACCACCAGCAAAAUUACAAGAAUUCAGUACCUUUCAAUGAUUAUAGAUAUUAGUAUGUCAAAUUGUAAUGUUUCAUCAAAAGGUAAUGUCCAUACACAUGUACAUCUUCAUUAAUUUAUGCUGGCAUUUACUCUUUUUCUGUAUUUGUAGCUUUUAGUGUCACCAUACUUGUUGCAAUUUUUUUACAUCAUUGGCUGUUGUUAGGGAUCACUAGUAUUAAUUUCCAGCUGUGUGUGUAAUGAUUGUUCGUAAGGGCAGAAGUGCAUUACUGAAGUCAAAGGCAGGCCAGGAACAGUGAGCAUUAUUUUCAAACAUGUCAACAUUAUGUAAUGCUGUAUAUUCUACUGUAACAAUGUACAUGAACUGUGGAAACUUGGUAUUGUUUGACACCACGAAGGAAGACAUGGGGAUUAUUAGAUGUGUACACAUACGACUUGGGAAAGGUGUACAACUCUACUUAUCACUAAUAUAUGGCAAUACUGGUUAUACUGUAUAACAGACCUGCAACCACGGGAGGUGUUCUCAGUCCCGGUGUCCCCUCCUGUCUUGCAGGUUCUGGCUCUCUGUCCCAGAGUCCCAUCGGUUCUUGACCUUUGAUGACCUGAUGGUGGCUACAGGGUCAUUCAAAGAACUUUGAGGCCAGUUGUUCUAUUUCCUACAAAUUCAAAUACUACUACUAGUUGCACUAAUUGUUUGUGACUUUAUAUGUGUUAGCUACAAGUCUUGCACUUGGCUUUGCCUUCUACAAAGCAAUAUUGACCACUUGACAAAGCAGCAGCAUUCAUCACUCAAAUACCAGGUGGUCCUAAAAUUGUCAAUGGUACAGCGAUGGCCACUGUGGAAGUUACUUUAGAAAAUAUCCUGCUAUGUAAUUCAUGUUUGCAGCAAUGGUGAAGCAUGUUUGGAGGAAACAUUACAACCAAAAACAGGACAGUUGGUAAAGUUACAACCCUUCAAACAUUUGCUAAAAUGUAAAUUGAGUUAGUUAGUAGAUUCCAGAAACAUCUAUAUGGCUUUAGUUGUGCUUUUAUGUCUCAAUCCACAAGGCUACUGUAAACAACAGAAUUGUCACAUUCCUGUAAAUCCUUCUUAAGUAGGAAUGCUAGUUGCAUUUUAAGAUGUAUGGUAGUUGUGUUCUAAUCAUGUCAAAAACAUUUGUUGUAGUGAAUAGGUUCCCCUUGAGCCCAAGGCAUGACAAUUGUUAGCGUUAACAUUUGAAGUCAUAAGUUUUUACAAAUAUAUUUUGUACUUCCAAUUAAAAA